UCAAUGUCAACUCCCACUUUUCUUUUUCGUUUUUAUUUAACUAAUAUUCUUCUAAUUUGCUCACUUCAAAGUUGAAAAACUAACAUGGAACUGCGUUGACAACACCAUACAUAACAAUACAUCAUUUUUAUAUUGGAUUCAAUCCCAAACAAUUUACACAAAAAUGGAGAUCUGCUUCAUCCUCCUCAUCUCCCUCGCCAUCUCUAUUUUCCUCCACUCCAUUUUUAACCAUUUUCGAAGCUCCACCAAACUCCCACCAGGCCCUUUCUUCUCCUUUUCCAUCCUCACUGAACUCCUAUGGCUUCGAACAUCCUCCCUCCACAUCGAAUCUCUCCUCCGAAGCCUCAUUCCCAAGUAUGGCCCUGUCCUCACCCUCCCAAUCGGCCUCCGCCCAGUCAUUUUCAUCGCCGAUCACUCCGUUGCCCACAAUGCCCUUGUCCUUAACGGUGCUCUCUUCUCCGACCGUCCACCCGCCCUUCCGGUCAGCAAUGUCGUCUCCAGCAAUCAACACGACAUCAGCUCUGCCUCUUAUGGCCCACUCUGGCGCCUCCUCCGCCGCAAUCUCACUUCCCAAAUCCUCCAUCCUUCUCGUCUCAAGUCCUACGCUCCAGCACGCAAACGGGUUUUGGAUAUUCUUCUUAAUCGCCUUCAAUCUGACUCUCAAUCUGGAACUCCUGUCUCUGCCACUGAUCAUUUUCGGUACGCAAUAUUGUGUUUGUUGGUGUUCAUGUGCUUUGGGGAUAAGCUUGACGAAUCCCAAAUCGAUCGAAUCAAGAAAGUAGAGCGAGUAAUCAAGUUGAAUUACGGUCGUUAUAACACUCUUAAUUUAUUCCCUAAAUUGACCAAGAUUUUGCUAAGAAAACGCUGGGAAGAGUUUCUUCAAUUAAGAAGGAAUCAAGAGGAAGUCAUUAUUCCUUUCAUCGAAGCAAGAAGGAAGAUCCAACAAAACAAAGAAAACAGAGACGAAAACAAAGAAGAAAUCGUGGUCUCGUACGUUGAUACGCUACUCGAAUUGGAACUCCCCGAUGAGAAAAGAAAGCUUACGGAUACCGAAAUGGUGACGAUAGCCUCUGAGUUUAUCAACGGAGGCUCCGAUACAACAUCCACAGCCUUGCAGUGGAUAAUGGCGAACUUAGUAAAAUACCCAGAAAUUCAAAACAAGCUUUUAGUAGAAAUGAAAGGAGUAAUGGGAGAUGGAUCAGAGGAGGAAGUGAAGGAAGAGGAUUUGGGGAAACUUCCAUAUCUGAAAGCUGUGAUUUUAGAAGGAUUGAGGAGACACCCACCAGCGCAUUUCUUGCUGCCACAUGCAGUGAAAGAAGAAACAAAGUUGGGAAAUUAUGUGAUACCAAAGAAUGGAACAACGAAUUACAUGGUAGCAGAAAUGGGUAGGGAUCCGAAAGUGUGGGAAGAUCCGAUGGCGUUUAAGCCGGAGAGGUUCAUGAAAGGCGGCGAAGAAGGAAUUGAGUUUGAUAUAACAGGGAGCAAAGAGAUAAAGAUGAUGCCAUUCGGAGCAGGGAGAAGGAUGUGUCCAGGAUUUGGUUUGGCGAUUCUUCAUUUGGAAUAUUUUGUUGCUAAUUUGGUAUGGCGAUUUGAAUGGAAGGCUGUUGAUGGUGAUGAAGUGGAUCUGUCAGAGAAGGUAGAAUUGACCAUUGUGAUGAAAAAGCCUCUGCAAGCCAACUUACGCCCAAGGUUUUAGAUUUAAGAGUUGAUUCUUAUAUCCUGUCCUAAUUUGAAGUUUUAAGAUUGAAAAGAAAUUGUUCCCUUUGAGCUAAGAAAAAUGUUGAUUUGCUUUCAAUGUUGUUUAUAACUGUAAUGUUGGUUUUGAAUGAUUUGGAGUAAAAGUUGUAUGUUUGUGAUUACAAUCAUAGUGGCUCAUUUGAUAGCAUAUAGGAGUGAAUAUUGAUUUA